AUGCGUCUUAUCAUCCGAGACGACAAGGACACGGCUUCCGCAUUCAUUGCGAGCUAUAUCAUUGAUCGUAUCAAGGCCUUCGGUCCAACUCCAAGCAAGCCAUUUGUGCUUGGUCUACCUACAGGCAGUUCUCCUGAAGGUGUAUAUAAGAAUCUGGUCAGGCAUCACAAGAAUGGCGAUAUCUCUUUCCGUGAUGUAGUGACCUUCAACAUGCUUGUUCUACCUUGUAGNGACGAAUACGUCGGCCUCCCUCGCGAGCACCCAGAGUCAUACCACAGCUUCAUGUACCGACACUUCUUCUCACAUAUCGACAUACUGCCAUCGAAUAUAAACAUUCUGAAUGGCAACGCCCAUGAUUUGGAGGCCGACUGUAUCGCCUACGAAGAAAAGAUCAAGCGUGCAGGCGGCAUCGAACUCUUCUUGGGCGGUAUUGGUCCUGAUGGUCACAUCGCUUUCAACGAGCCUGGAUCCAGUCUUGCAUCUCGUACUAGAGUCAAGACGCUUGCUUACGAUACUAUUGUUGCAAACUCCAGAUUCUUCGGUGGAGACAUUGCCAAAGUGCCUCGUAUGGCGUUGACCGUCGGUGUGCAGACAGUAAUGGACGCAAGAGAGGUGAUCAUUAUAAUCACUGGCUCACACAAAGCACUCGCGCUUCAGAAAUGUAUCGAAGGUGGUGUCAACCAUAUGUGGACUCUGUCAAGUCUACAAAUGCACCCGCAUGCAAUGAUCGUCGCAGAUGACGAUGCCACACUGGAGUUGCAAGUCAAGACUGUUAAGUCGAUUGAGCAGGUCGCCUCGACACAAGGCUGGAAUCAAGUUCUGCCUGACAUCAGCAUCACCACUUCGAAGCGUGACUCAAUCAUCGAAAAGCUGGAUAGUCCUCGCUCACCCAAAUCAUCGUCACCAUUCGUGAUCACUUCGAGCUCCACACCAACCUCUCCCACAUCUCUCGACAGUACAAGCAAAACACUAUCGCUACACAACACAGACGCAGACUCACAACGACCAGUCACGCCUGAACCUGUGCUGGACAGAAUGGCUGAUAGACUCCCGCCUUCUCCUUCUCCUGCGCACGCCAAGCUGUCCGUGAACACACCAGUUCAGCGACCCAUCACGCCAGAACUCGUACCAGACCGCAUGUCAGAUAGACUUUCAAGGACGCCUGAGCUGAGAGCGGUGACUCCAGAUCUCGUGCCUGAUCGUAUGGCAGACCGAUUGGUCAAGACGCCACGGGUCGCAGAUCAAGGUCUUGAUGGGUUGGUGGUUGACGAGCUACCUCUCAGCAGCAUGGGACAAAGAAUCGCUGUCUGA